UUCAAGCAACACUAUUUAACUGGAAUGAGAUCCCUGCGGAAAGUUCGUAUGGAGGGAGUUAAUUUACAAAUGACAAGGACUUCGCGGUAAAAUGGGAUAAGGAAUGCACAGAAUGCUCUGGAGAAAAUGAGAUGGUUUAUGUUUGAAAGCCCUGGUCUGUCUUUUCAAAGAGGCCCCUGUACUAAUUGCGUGAAUUUCAAAGUAACAAGCUGAUCAUUCCUAAUUCUGGGGCCAAGUCAAUUGCAGAAUGCUUGGGAAGAAGAGCCACAUGAACACUGUGCUGGAGGCAACAUGGAUGCUGGAACUGUGACAAGUUUAUCAGACUUGUCCAAUUCCUUCAAUCACUUUCUCGUGAAUUACAAAGACCCAAAGCUCUUGUACUGUGCAAAUGGAGGUUACUUUGUUCGAAUUCUCCCUGACGGACAAGUAGAGGGGACGAGAGACCGCGGCGAUGCAUACAUUCGGCUCCAGCUGCAGGCUGUAAGAAGAGGAGUGGUGUCGAUUCAAGGGAUUGAAUGUGGGCGCUACCUAGCAAUGAGCGAAAUGGGACAACUUAAUUCCUCACUGACCCUGACAGAUGAAUGUCUCUUCCUGGAAAAAUUAGAGGAGAAUGGUUAUAACACUUACAAGUCUAAGGAAUAUAUGGAAAGGAACUGGUACGUCGCUAUUCGAAAGAAUGGAAAUGCCAAACCGGGACCAAAAACUAAUGUCGGACAAAAAGCUAUCCUGUUCCUUCCCAUGCCAGUUACAAGUGAUUAAAUGUAUAACUGCAGCAUUAAACAGUCUCCUGAAUGAAGCAACCUCUGAAUGUACAGAAAUGCUACACAUAGAUUAAGCAGUCGCUAGUCAAUGUGUCACUGGGGAUAAUGACAGGACAUGGUGGUGGGACCUGUAAUGUUUUUAUUUCCCUUGUUUUCAUUUCUAUUCCAACUUUUUCUAUCUUGAAAGCAUUGGUUCUCCCGGGGAGGAGCAAGGCAAUCGCUCCUGGGGUACCGUGUGCUUUCUGGCCUUCAUGUUACCAUCCAUCACAUCAGAGCCUAGAUGGUGAGACAGAGCUAAGGGCACCAGAGCCAAGCCAAUCCUGGCCUCUCUGGACAGUAAGCACACACACACACACACACCAUACACACACACACACCACACACACACACACACACACACCAUACACACACACACACCACACA